AUGGGAGGGAGUGAAAGAGAGAGCGCGCAAAAGAGAACGCGACACGCUUGCCGCGGAGGGCUGCGUCUGCGUUCGCCAGGCAGUUACUCUGGAACCGUUGCCUUGACGACACGCAUCCACGCAUGCGCGUACGCGACACUGACGGUGCGCGAUGUGAACGACGGUCAAAGAGUUGCGCGCGCCAGUUUCGUCCGUCACCCUUGGUAUCACCGUAUCGUUUCCACCACCAUCGCCUUCACCGCCACUACCAUCGCCGGCCACCACCACCACCGGUGCCACCACCCUCGCCUUGACGCAUCAAAACGUUCGUGGAUUGGAUGGUGCUUCGGGAGCCGCGACAGAGGACAAUCCGGAGACGAUCCGAAUCGAUCCGUCGCGAAAGAUGGUAGCACCGCAUCGUCCUCCGCUUCGCUCCACCUGAAGAGACUCGAGACUCUAGACUCCUUCCCGAAGAUAAGGAUACCGAUCUCACGGGCCGUCGGAUAUCACGGAUACGGCGCGAGCGGCGGCGGUCGCAGGUUGGAUGGUGCCGCGAGGAUUGAUCCUCGGCAGGACGACGACACGGGAGCCGGAGCCGGAGCAGCUACGCUUUUACGACUCACCGUCGCCGCCACUACGGAUGGACGCGAGUGUGUGUUGCUUGCCCGCCGGUGCCGCCGCGGCCGCCACGGGGGUCGUCCAGCAUCUCACCAGGACGCAUCAAAACCACCGCAUCGUCCUCCGCUUCGCUCCACCUGA